GUUCGCAUUACUAGUUCAAACUUAGCGAAUAACACACGUCUCAGUGACCAACCAACAAUAAUUUAUUCCACGAUCAGUGCUUACCAUUUUGACGUUUAAACUUUUUUUAAAUCUGAGAAACACAGGCCUAAACAAACAGCCAUGAAGACGAUUACGAUUCUUGCUUUGGUGGUCGUUGUGUGCAAAGUAGAGGCAUCACAUUUCGUGGUAGGGAAUAUUGCGGACCGAGUGCAGUUGUUCCACCACGAGAGGGUACAAUAUAACGCCAUACCCUUUAUAAAGAGGGUGAAGGAAUUGUUCAAAACUGUUCCGGAACAUAAGAGGAUUCAGGGUAUCCAAGCUCUGGACAUGCUGCAGAGCAAAGCCUCCAUCAACAUCACCGCCGGCGGAGUGGGGCACAGCUUCGUCAACCUCCGGUUCAAGAGCGAGAGGGGGUUCGGCCUCGACUACGACAUUGGGAUAUAUGUCAACCCUGACUAUUUAUAAUCCAUAGUGAUAGCAUAGUUUUUAAGCAUUUACACAUUAUUAAUAAGUACAUAUUAUUAAACAAAGAUUUACAUAG